GAGAACCUCAGAGAUUUCCAAGUUGCGUGAAUAACUACUACCCCCUUUGGCAUAUUGAUAGGACUACGUGGGAGUGUGCGACUUGCUUGCUAGCUAGCUAGAUGCCGAGAUCAGAUGGCUUCGGUAACAACAACAGCCAUCACGGCGACAACAGGGCUGCUAUCGGCGACCAUAGCACCCCAGUCCGAAGAAUGGAAUGGGGACGAAUUUUCAAAUAAUUUGUUCAGUGAUCUAGCGCCUCUAUUGACAUUGUUUGGCGAACAGGUCACUAAGCAAUUCUUGACUAUGUCGAUGGGAUGGGCUGACAAUGUACUUGUCUCCAUGGGACCUUUGGGGAUUCUCACCGUCAUCGUCAGCGCGAUUCGAGUCGGUGGAGUUAGGAAAUUGAAAGCUCUGAUCGGCCGCGCACGAGAGAGCCAGGCCACUGCUGAACAGGAACUACUUUCCUCGACCUCGGACAACGUCUGCGAGCUCUGGAGCGGAGAAGAAACCAUCCGUCAGAUAGGAAAACCGGGGACCAAAGAACUCGUCCUGGUAAACAGUAAAGAAAACGGCAUACAGCUGGUGGAUCUGCAACAUGCUGUGAUGAAAGGCUGGUUGCAAGAAGAAAAUAUGCCAUCGCGCACAAUGAACACCGGCCGUGGCGGCUCUGCUCCAUGGUCAGAGUUGGUCAGCGUUUCAUCUUCCCGCGCCAGUUAUUUCAGAGAUUUGAAAGACUUAACAGAGCAAAAUCCCAACAUUGCGUUGAAUAUAGAUUCAUCUACAGCAAGUCGCAAAGAAUUGUGGACGUGGGCCAUCUUUGGCGUCGUGCUACAGUCUUUAGCACUGGUUGUUCCAGGUCUGGCGACCUAUCUUUGGAAGUUCCCCAAAGCUUCGGAGCCGGUUCAAAGUUAUGCUUACCCGUGCUUCCUUAUCGGUACAUGCAUCGUCAAUCUGGGAUUACUGUUAUGUUCCCAUGUGAUAGAAGGAGUCACGCUUGAAAGAACAUUCUGUCCUACACCAGAAGGUGAGGAUAAGAUCUUACACAUCUUUCGACUGCAGAAAGCUUGUUCAGUAGGAGACCAAUCGUUUCAAGGAUUCGCUAUUUUCAACCAACCGGGAAACAAAACAAUAAGAACGUCCAGGUUACAAUACGCCAAAGGAGACGAGGAGGCACACUACUCGAACAUCCGCAUGGAUCGUCUCGAUGCGGAAAGCGAUGGAAGCAUACAACCUGAAACUCAACAGCAGGCCGAAUUCUUAGACGAGGAUCGCGAGGAAUCAGGACAGUAUAGCAGACUUGCGGCAUUCUCUUCCGCCUUUGCGAUCGUGGGUUUCGUGUGUCAGUUUGUUGGACUUCGCGGGCUCCACUGGUCAGCGACAAUUCUUCAGCUUGGCAUCACUGUUGUCAUGACGGGUGUCAGGUCCUGGGUCAGGCGCGGACUUGCAGCGGAUCCGAUAAGUGUCAAGUUGCCGAGUAAUAGGGAGUCAAUACAUAUGGUGCUCCUUUUUGAAGCUCUAAUGGACGCCGGCAAGCCGCUUGAUCAUUUGAUUAAAACAAGGCUUGCAAGAAAAAUACUGCUUGAGCAAAGAUGGGAGCUGAGAACAGGCACCUACCAGAUGCUCGAGGCGGACUACGCGAGUAGCACAGAAAGUGUCGAUAGCAAUCAUGAGCCGACGCCAGGGAACAAUUCGAAUGCGCCGGCAGCGUCAGAAAAGGAAGAGACAGAAAAUCCGGCAAGCCAAACAAACCCAGUCAAGACUUUUAUGAAUAUACAGCUACUGGUAGAAGAUCGAAAUUAUAUUUACGGCCAUAGUAUUUGUGUUUCUCGAGCUAUCGAGAAAACUUUCAAACUUAUGGACGACUUACGAGCAAAUGGACAGAUAAGAUUAAAAUGGAUGUCCAAAUGGGACAAAGUCACUUGGGCACACAGUGUAGUCAGCCAUUACCCUUGGACUCACAAAUCGAAGACCUCCGUCAUCGAACUUGAAUGUGAGCACAGCGGACAUGACACCAUUCCAAAGGCACCAAAGGAAAUAUUCGCAGUUCUGAGUCUUUGGAUCGAUGCAUUGAAACAACGCGACGCACGGUAUUUCUCACUCAACGAUGAAGAGUUAGACAUGCACGAAGAUCAUAACUAUGUUAGGAUCUUAGGAGACAUUGAAGAGUUCGGGAAUGACUUGAAGGGGCUUCUUCACUGGCUACCGGGCUUGCUCGUCACGCCUGCUGGCUGGCCGAACGGGCCUAACUUAAUGGGACUUCCCGAGCACGUUAGAAAGGGCUUCAAGGGACGUCCAGUGGCGGAGUCCCCAGUAUUUGGGCUGUCUGUGAUGAUGGAAACAAAUACGGAAUGGUGCGAUCCAGGAAAAGAUCUACUCAACAACAGCAACAACAUCAUAAAUUGGCAGGCACCCAGAGUGCCAUGGAGGAGCGAGAGAGAUUUAUGCAAUCCCACAUAUCUGAUUUCACUGUCUUCCUUGCCCAUAGAAAGCCAAUGUGCAUUAGAGAUCUACAGUGGCUUCAUCAACUCUAUUGCCAGUCAAGUUGAACAUAUCGAUGGCCACAUGUCCGCGACAACCGAUGAGUUCGCAAACACCAAUCUCGGUUCAUCUGAGAUCUGGGUCAAUAGUGUCAUGCUUAGCCUCGCUCAGGUUUUAGUCGAUUCUGGUCUUGUGCCGAAUAUAGAGGAGGCAAACAUUGUCGUCAUACCACCGUUUGCGAGAAGAAGACUGCUUCCAGGACAAGAGGAAGAUGGAAGUUCAAGUAGUACAGAUCAUAACUCUGGACGUGAUGGUGCAUCUGUCCAAAACGCAGCCCUAACAGGGAUUGAGAACGACGAGGACGAGGAUGAUGAGGUACCUGAUCUCGUGUCGACCUGACAUAGCAAGUUUCGACUCCCUGAAGGUGCCCUGGGUUAGUUACUCGCUACCGAGUGCGAGCUGGCUUAAUUUAUACGAGCUUAUUGUCAUGUGUCUCGCGUUUUCGAAAGUGUCUGGUUAAAACUCGAAACGCGUUGAGCCUUUGACAGCCCAGACCUGUACAUAGAAGCAGAUGAUGAGGUCUAAUAGGAUUGGAGC